AUGAAACUUUUUGUGUUGUCCUUGCUGUGCAUCGUCCUUGCGUUGAGCGGUGCGCAGCGUCGUACCCGGCGCACGCCAACUCCCCGCCCUCGCAACACGACCAUUCUCUCGCCCCGAACUGCCGACGCAGUUGGUGGGCAGGCGGAGAGGUUGUUCAACCAGCAGUACCAGCAGCCCCCGUUCCAGCGCUAUUACAAACGAGUCACUGUGCACAACGCGACACAUAAAGGACCGUUGUCGCCUUAUUGGAUCAAGAUGACAAUGGAACCGACAAUGUGUCGAAAGGUAAUGUGCUUUGCUGUUUUUUCUUUGCAUAAUCUUGCCAGGGUAUGUGUUGUACGUAUACAGACAUGACAAAGGCCGGACCAAGUCAGGCUUCGAAAAUUUCGAUAAGUUCCAGACCGGCUUGGGGCUCGCCCUAGUUCUUUGGGGCUUAGGCCCGGCCCUUUCAAUUUUUUUUUAUUUUACAACGAAACUUGGGAUGCAAAUUUUGGGUUCUUGGCAUUAUGCAACAAGAGGUAUUUAUGGCUCCCUAAGGAUCGAAAACACAUUUUUGUAGUUGGAAAUAUCGCUGGCAACGGUAAAACAAUCUAAAAAAUAUCCAAAAAACACAACGCCAAAAUAUUGCCAAAAUGGCGGGAAUUUUCCGUUCAAAAAUUACAAAAUAUAUAUGUGAAAUUUAGGACGUUGAAACUUGCGCCCUGCCUGUAUUGAACGAUAGUUACAUUUUUGUGGAGGCCUCCCUCAUGGGAUCGCUUCGCAGACGAUUACAUGGCCAAGUUUAUAUCACUUAUGGCCCAUUUCAACCCAUAACUGACGUUCCUGGCAUUACAGUUGACAAUUAG